UCAGUUAGUCUGAUCAUGUGAUUUUAAAAUCCUGCAAAAUGGCGACAUUAUUGCGUUAUAAAGAUAGAGUUGUUGUAGUUACAGGUGGUGCAUCUGGGAUCGGUCUUGGAGCAGUUAAAACCUUUGGUAAUUAUCCAGAAAAUGUUGAGAGCACAACGUUAAUGACAUAAUAAUUUUAAAAAAUUACUUUAUUAAUUAGUCUUUUUAAUUAAUUAAUAACUUGUCCACAUUAAAUAAAGACAAACAAGGCACAACAAGAACAUUAUUAGUUAUUAGUCAUUAAUAUUAGAAAUUAACAUUAUAAUUAAUACUUAUUAAUAUUAAUUAUUAAGUAAAUAAAAUAUAAAAUUUUAUCAGGGUCACAUACUACCCUUAGCCUUAGGCCUUAACCUUAGGAGUAAGUCUUAGAUCUAUAAUAUUUAGUUUAAGGGUUAAUUUUUGCUAUCUAUCUGGUUCUACCCCGAGUUUCCGCGUAUAGUAUUAUUAUGUCAAUAAUUCAACGGGCAUCCUUUGAUACAUCGAAACUUUGCACAAUCCAUAACCAUAAGUCUGAUUGGCUCCUUUGAUGUCUAAAAAAGGAGAAAAUGUCACAAUGUGGUUAUGACUUAUUAUUUUUUGCAUGACACACCUACACCCUGCAGGUGAUACAAAAAUGUGUUGCAACAUUAAAGUUUAGAAAGAACUGGUUAUUGCUAUAAAAAAAAGUUAAAGCUUGUUCUUGUUUAAAUAUAUAUAUUUAUAUAUAUUUUUAUUUUGAAAACACAAAAAUUAUUAAGCAGUAAACUUAAAUAAUCCUUUGAAAAAAUUAUUUUCACAGUCACAUUAUACUUUCUUUCAUUAUUGCAUGCUACACAAGCGAAGAGAAAUAGAUAUUUAAUAAAUUAUAAAUUUAGACAAAAAUUGCACUUUAAAUUGAAAUGGAAAUAGUCGUGUGUGUGCCCACCCACAAAGCCCCCUUUUGCACCUUGACUGAUUGAUAAAGACUUCAACUAACCACAUAAAAUGGUAAUGAUAAAUUUGUUCCAUGUAUUAUUUUUCAGUUGAAAAUGGUUCAAAAGUUGUAUUCUGUGAUAUACAAGGUAACUGUAAUACCACCUUAUAAAGACUAUUACUAAAUUGCUACACUCUACAAUACAAUUAUGGUCCUCAUCCUUUUAAAUUUGAAUUAUCUGUAUAGUUUGUCUAAAUAAAUUAGUAUUUACCUAAUUAAGCUAGACUAAAGCAAAAAUAAUAUUGAUCCAUCAAUUUAGAUUGUACAAUUAUUUUUAUUUUCAUGCAGAAUUUUACUAUUUCAUGAUAAUCUAAUGAUCCAGUAAAUUUUAUGUCAUUGACUAUAAUGAUGAAAAACAGAAUGAUAAAUUUCAGAUAAUGAAGGGAAGUCUAUUGAAUCCUCUCUGAAUGCACAAGGUCCUGGUGAAUGUAAAUUUGUUGUAUGUGAUGUCAGCAAAGAAGACCAAGUGAAAGUCAGUAAAAAAAACCAUUUAUUUAUAUAUGGCUGUUUGGUGGUUAACUAUGUCAUAACAUUAGAAAAUGUAUUCAAUUCAUUAAAAGUAGGGUAAUUAAAUCUCAAGCCUACCAUGUAGAAUUAUGUUUGUAUCCCCUUACAUCUAGCACUAAACAAUUAUAAAGUCAACCCAACAUAUGUCAGCUGAGAUUUAAUCUUAUAAAUAUUUCCUAAUCCUCCAGCAUAUGAUUAGCACAGCAGUGGAAACUUAUGGAAAACUUGAUUGUCUGGUCAACAAUGCUGGAGCACGUAAGUUAGAGAUGGGAUGUUGAGACUGUUUAUCAUGAUGACCAUCAUCAUUUUGUUGCACCCUAAGUCUGGUAUACCGGUGUUUAUGCAAGGAUAUCUGUCUCACGCUUUUGCCCUGCCUGUUGUCACCUUCUCAAAAUCUCUCCACAUCAUUCUCAUUGAAUAGGAUGUUCUAUUUUGCUCUCCUCUCCACACCUUAGGCUGUUAAGUUUGUAACUAUGAAAAAAUGUUAAUUAAAGAAUGAUCUGUUUAUAUAUAUUUUAAUGUUAUAUAUUUCUCUUUCUAUGUAGUUAUAAUAUAUCUUUAACUUUAAAAAAUACUCACCUGUGUUUAAUUUUUUCUCUGAAGCUGUGUAAAUUUAAAGGACUUAUCAUUUACAUUUUUUCCUGUAGAAGAUGUGUCAUAAUUUUAUUAUACUUGUUUUUCAGAUUUCAGUGGUACAUUUUAACUUAUACUGUUUAUUAUAUUUUACUAGAUCCACCUCACAAACCUAUUGAUGAUUUCUCAUCAGAAGAGUUCAGACGACUAUAUGAAAUUAAUGUACUUGGUUUCUUUAAUGCCUCAAAAGUGAGGGUUACACAAUAAAUAAAAUAAUACAUUUUUGCACCACUUUCAUAAAAAUGACCCUGUAAUGGUUUAACAAUGUAAAGAAAGUAUUUAACUUAAACUGGUAACUUACCCAAAGGUUUAGUUGCAAGUAGGAUAAUUAUGUGGCCUUAAAAUCUGAAGUCAUUUAUUGGAUAUUGCAAUAAAAAAAGCAUUAAAAUCAUAAUGUUCUGGCUUCAUGAUAUACUAAAUCUCUAUACUAAACUAAUGAUGUAAUCUUGACUUUACUUAUUUUUAAAAAUUAUUUAUUCUCUGUUUCACACAAUCAUGUUUAAAGCAACAAAAUCAACUUUUUUCUUUCUUUUUAAGUUUGCCUUGCCACACUUAAGGAAGACUCAGGGUAAUAUCAUUAAUAACGGCAGUCUAGUUGCAUACAUUGGACAACCUGGGGCUGUUACCUAUGCAGCUACAAAGGUAUCUCUUUGUGUUCUUAUAAUCUCAUUUAUUUGCUUGAAACGUCCUUAAAUUUUAAGUUGUUCUGGCUAUUUGAUUUUUUUUCUAUCUGAUUGUAAUUGAUAAUAAAAUACAUCUUAUUGUCAUUUCUGUUUUUGAAAUAAAAGACAUGAGAUUUCUUGCUACUUGCCAAUGUUUAUAAAUGUUGUAUUACAGGGUGCAAUUAUAUCCAUGACUAGAGCUCUAGCAAUAGAUGAAGCCAAGUACAAUGUCAGAGUGAAUUCGUAAGUUUGAAUUUAUUAAAACAAUGUAUAGAUUAAUAUGUCUAUAUAUAGAUAAGUAUAGUGUAUAUUAAAAGUAUUCUUUAUGAAAUUAAAUGUUGAACUUUUAGGUAAAUUAUUGUCCAAUCUUUUUUUUAAAGAAAGACAACCUUGAAAAUUAUUUUUGUUUAAAUUAAUUUUUAUCUUAUCUCUAGAUUCUCACCUGGAAAUAUUUUUACACCACUAUGGGAAAAGGCAGCGCUUGACUCACCUGACUAUGACAAGUGCAUUCAAACAGGCAAAGAUGCUCAGGUAAAAACGUAAUUCAAGACAUUUUAAUUUUUGUUUUACAUGUGGGCCAAUGUAAAGGCCUUGAUUGAAUGUUUCAGAUAAGUUAAUUCGAAAUGAUUUUUUAAAUAUAUGUUGAUUUUAAAAGGAAAAAGGUAUUUCAAAUGCCUAAUAUGUUAAUAUGUAUAACUGUAGUAAAUCUGUUAAGAUUUGGAAGGAGAAUAAAGUUAUUUUAUUCAUGAAUCAAGUUAUUAAAAUUAAUGUUUGACAAUUUCAACUGUUCCAUUUUUAUUCAUUUCAAAUGGCAAACUUUAAAUAGAUUAAAUACUACAAUUAGAAACAGCUCUAUGUUGUUUUCAGCUUAAAUUAUAAUUAUAUAGAUAUGUGCAUAUGGCCUUUUAAAAUUCAUUAUAUUGUUUUUAAAUUCAAUUUAAAAGCAAACACUAUUUCCUACAUCUCCUAGCUCCUUGGAAGAUUCGGAACUGUUGAAGAGUGUGGUUUAGUGUGUUUGUUUCUGGCAGCAGAUGCAACUUUCUGCACUGGUAUUAACAUCAAUGUAAGUGGUGGUGCUGAGCUGGAUUAUGGCUACAAAAACAAACUUGUAGUCCUAGCUUCAUCAGAGUAGCCACAUCAGCAUUACUGAUGAGGCUGUGUUCUCAUAAGUUAAGAUUUUUUUCUAUUCUUUGUUCAAAAUUUCAAUGUUUGAAAACUGCCUGGAUAUCUAAAGCAUAAUUUUUUAUUAAUCAGAACUUUAAACAAAAAUGUGCCAUAAUAAUUUAAUUGACAAAACCAAGAUUGAGGUGUGUAGGAUGAACAUUUUUUUAUAUUUAUAUUUUUCUACAUUUAUGGUAAUCAUGGGGAUUUGUUUUAUUUUCCCCAUCAAUAAUGAUUUGAUCCUAACCAUAAUCCAAUGAUAUUAAUAUACAUUGAUUUUUUUGUGCCCCAUAAAAUCUACAACUUGUUUUGUUUGUGUGUAUUAGUGUUAAUGUAAACAAAGUUUUAUUUUUAAAGAAAUCCGUUCACAGAAGCCUAAUAUACCAGUAUUCAAAAUGAUCAUGAUUCCAAACCUAUUCCUGAAAAGGAUCCCUACAGUUGAAGAGGUUCAAUGAAUAUUCAUCCUUCUCUUUCAUGACCUAAAAUUGUUUACAUUAUUUGAUGUAGAAAAGAACAGUUAAUUAAAGAAUUCAACUUUCUCAAACUUUUCAAGAAUGCCAGAUUUUUUUUAACAUUAGGUUAUAAAUCACAUUCUAGAAUGUCAUAAAACACAGUGUAAAAUUGUUAAAACAAGACGUCUUUAUUUUGAUAUCUACCCUUUACACAGAUUUUUAAAGUAAUUUUUUAUAAACUUGCCAUAAAUCUUUCAAUUAUGCCAUAAUAACCUUUCACAGACUUUAUUGUUAUGUACAGUAUAUACAAGUUAAAUAUAUUUGUGUCUUUCCUUGUAUAGCAUUUACUUCUAGCUAUGAAAACUAUUUCAGGGUAUUGUUUGAAGUAUACCGGUGUAAAAGCAUUUUUCAACAUCAUGGAAAUGUUCAUUACUUUAGUUUUUAAGCCUAGCUCAAAUUAAAUUUUAUGUUUGUCUGUAAUAAAAAAAGUAUUUGCUCUUAGCUACACUAUUUACCAAGAAAAUGUCAUUACUCUAGUCAUAAUUUAUGUGAACAUUUUAAACAAACUUUUUUUUAUUUGACAUGUACAACUUUCAGCUAUCCCUACUAUUCCUUGUUAUAGGGUAUCUCAUUAUAUGUAUUAUGGAUAUAUCACUUUCUUCCCCAUAGAAAUUCUGUAUUAGCGAUGAGACAAUUAUACAUAUCUAUAUAUAAAUAUUAUCAACAAAAAUGAGAAUUUUGCUCACAAUGUAAUUUGCAGUUUAAAAGUAAAGAGUUAAUACUCAUGUAUGAGCCACAGCCUUAAUAAUAUUGAACUUAAUUACUAUAGUACUAAAUCAUUUUUCAAACACCAGGUGAACUUGAUCAGCCCUGCUGUACAAGAAUUGCAUGUAGGUUGGUGGUCAUGUGAUAAAAAUAUUAAAAUCCAAGUCACUCUGGUUUCUAAAUUUAUUUUUCUAAUAAAGUUCAAAAGCAAUCUGAUGGGAUAUGAUUAGGUAUUGUUUAAAAAAAAAUACAACAUUUUUAUAGUGUAAAUUUUUAAAAAUUAAUAGAAAUUUUGAAAAUUUAAAAAACAUAUUUAAGCACUCAACAGAAUUUUUUUCCCUUAAAUUUUAAUAGGCAAAUUGUAUGAUGAACUUAUGCGUAAUGCACAAAAGCUUCAAUAAUUUUUUAAAAUAAAAUUAUAUUCUUCUGUGAUCUUUAUGUCUUCUUUUCAACAUCUUAAAAUUUUUUAUAUGAGGGGGCAUUAAAAUAAUUAGGCAUAUAAUUUUGAUGCAGCUUUUUGUGCUAUUUUAUAUAGUGAUGUGCAAGGAGUUUACGAUAACAAACAUAUUCAACUUUACAAGUUUUGCUUUUUUAAAAAAACUUUCUAUAUGCAAACUUAAAACAUUUUGAUAUCUACCAUAUUUUACGGACUAUAAGACACACUUUUUUCUUCGAAAAAUUGCCUCCAAAAUUCAGGUGCGUCUUAUACUGGAAAUUAAUAUAAAAAUAGUAUAAAAAAUAAAUUUUUUUUAAUUGCUUAAAAAUUAAGGUGCAUCCUAUAGUCUGUAGCAUCUUAUGGUCAGUAAAAUACGAUAAUAAUUUAAUGAACAAAAAAACAUCAACUGAAUAUUACAAGAAAAAUUUAAAUCAUUUGAUUUUUUAAUUAUUUACAAACAACAAAUGACCUUAUAAAUGUGGUUUUAAUAAAUUAAGAGGUUUGGUCCAAUCCAUAGGACACAACAAAAGGCAUAGGAAACAAAUUGACCACCAUGGACACCACAUCUUGUGUCAUUAAUACAGUGACCAAAACAUGAGAAACCCUACUUUGUUGUUGUCCACUUGAGAUAAAACGUGAGAUCAUGUUUCUUUAUCUUCAGAAACCUCCUCAUCAGGGGCACACUGAAAAAGAAAAAUAAUCGUUAUGUUAUUGUUUUGGAGAUAACCCCUCACUAUCGCUACCGUGUUUUGAUAAAAGUUUCAAUCCACAAAAUACUUACAAAAUACUCCACAAAGCAAAUCUGAUUCUCCUCUAUCCUCAACAUGUACUGUAGAGACAGAAACCCUCGGCUGUCAGUUCUUAUAGAAAUCCUGGUGGACAGUGUCAAGGCUUUCACUGUGGGCUUUAGGAGACUGAUUUUAUAUCUGGGGGAAAGUAACCAAUUGUGAAAAGAUUUGUUCAAAGAUUUUACAAAAGAACUAUUUUUUGUUUUUAAUAAUUUGACAGCUUUUGAAGGCAUAUCUUUAUGGAAAAAAAAUGUAAAAACUUUAAAUUUAAGUUAUUAGAUGAGUAGAAGAGACUUAACAGACAUGAAGCAAAAUAAAGCUUUUUUUUUUCCUUCCGUUUACUAAAUGUAUAAUGAUAAUAUGAUCUUUUUUAAUUCACAGAGGUUGAUUAACAUUUGCCCAUUCAUCCAUUGCAAUCAACCAAACCACUAAUAAUAAUAUUUGCAACCAUGAAAAUAGAAAAACUAUUAUCACAGUGUAACUCUUCUGAAUUACCAGAACAUUUUUGUUUUCUUGCUUACCGAUUUGUUUGUGUCUGUGUGCACUGGAAUGACUCUACCAUUUCUGAAUCUUUGGGGAAUGACGACUGCAAAGAAAACAAAAUUAUGAAAUUUAAAAGUAUCUGUAACUAAACAGAGUGUUUUUUUUAAAGUAUUUUUAAAAAAGUAUUUAUUAUUUCAAGAUGGACAUGGAUCAGUUUAGGGUCCACGCAAGGAGAUCAAAGAAAGUUCAUGAACACGGUCCAAGUGGAAGGAUGUGGUGUUGGGGUGGCCAGAGCCCUUCGUGGGCUGCAGAGCCCAUGAUGAAUUAAAGUUUAAAGUCAACAUCAAGACUGCUGUUUUUAAAAAAAUGUAAUGCUAAAAAUCAUAAUUAAAAUUAUAUUUUUUUAAUACCAUUGUUACCGGCAUGUAAGACAACUUAACCCAUAAAAAUCUGUUCAAAAGUCGGGGGCUGUCUUAUGAGCUGGUAUACAGCAUGCUGAAACUUCAGGGACAUGUGCCCUCUAGUUCCAGUUUGGUUGAUAGCUUAGAAAACAAACAGCAUGGCAGCUCCCAAUGGGUUUAUUGGUUUAUCCUUCCUUUUAGCUUUAGAGUGAAUUAGAAAAAGUUUAAUCCACUUGCACUGUUUUAUGUUUACAUGUUUGAUGACAUGUUAGAUGACUAACAGCCUUAUGUUUAUAAGUGAAAGUUAUCAUAAGCAUUUGAAUUAAAAUUACCAUAUUGAAAUCAAA